GCAGUCAGGUGACUGUCUGCAGACAGAACAUGGCUGACCUGUCAGAAGACCAAUGAGGGAAAGGCCAGAUUUACCAUAAUCGAUCUCAUUUUUUUACGUCGUUCCUGACCACAGUCGACCGUUGUGAACGUCAGUUAACCCGAGAUAUUCAAAAAGCAAGUCUAUUUCAGUGUGAAAGCUAGUUGGAGGAAAUGGCAUUUGGCAACUUCAUGUGCACUCAGAAAGUUGCCUUCCUCAAACAUGUAACGUUAUUGCCGAAGCUAAUCUCAUGGACCGCAAGUGUAGCAGUAAAACAACAUUAACCAACGGAAAGAUAAGGCUACAGAUGAGUGGGUUGCAGGAUGGAAUAGCAAAUGGUCCAAGCAGCAGUGAACACUUGGAGAAAGAUGCUCAGAUUUGGGAGAGACCCUGGACUCUUGAAGAGAUACGGCAGAGCAGUGCCAGCUGGUCCUUGGCAGCCGACUCAGGGCUCUUCCUUUUUCUCCAAGACUUCUCCCAGAGAAUGCUGUCAAAGACACACGAGAUUGAAAAACAGCUGGAUAGUUUGAUCUGUGAUACCAAGGCCACAGACAGCUGCUUGCACUCUGUCUUUAAUGACUUCCUCAUGCUUUCCAACACACAGUUUAUAGAAAAUAGAGUGUAUGAUGAAGAAGUAGAAGAGACUAUCCCCAAGGCCGAUGCAUUGGAAAAGCAGUCUGAACCAGAGAAGACUCGAGAGCAGAAGGAGGCAGAGUUGAUCCCUAAGAUGCAGGAAGCUGUGAACUAUGGUCUGAGAGUUCUGGAGUCAGCCUUUGAGCAUCUGGACAUCAAAGCAGGAAACUCUGACUCAGAAGAUGAGGAGGUCACUGACAGAGUGGAGGCCAUCCUGGAGCCUAAGGAUCUUUACGUGGACCGACCACUCCCAUAUCUGAUUGGUUCCCAGGCUUUCUUGGAACAAGAUGAUGUUGGACUUGGUGACCUCUCAAGUGACGAAAUGUCUGUCGACAGCGACAGAGACAGUGUAAUUGAGAGUGAGGAUGGAAAAGAUGCAGUUAAUUCAGAUGAGGACUUUGAUCAGGAGGAGGAAGAAGCUCAUAAUAAUAUUAAGAAGAAGUCAUCCAUGUUGAGUUAUGAGGAUGAUGAAGAAGAGGAGGAGGAAGAUUCUGACAUAUUUGGAGAAUCAGACAGGGAUGAUGAAGACGACACAAAGAACGCAGGCCCAUCAUCUUUUGCCGAUGAGCUAGCAGCCCGAAUCAAAGGUGAACCAGUUCAGAAACCACAAGGAGAUCGUGCAUCAUUGACAUCAAAGAAGAAAAGUAAAGGCAGAAAAGAACGAAAGCCUGCAAAGUCACAGGCAGCAGCUGAAGAGGACAGCGAUGACAUGUUUAAACCACCAAAACUGGACGAUGAUGACUUCUCCCCAUUUGGAGGGAAAGGUGGCCUCUUCAGUGGAGGCAGAGGCCUGUUUGAUGAUGAUGAUGAGGGUGAUCUUUUCUCAGAAGCCCCAAAACCUCCUGUUUCUGAGGAGAAAAAGGUGCUGAAUGAAAGCAUGAAAAACACAGCGCAAACUGCUGAAUCUGAAAAACCUGGAAAGAAGAUUCCAGCGGGUGCUGUGUCAAUAUUCCCAGAAAACAGCCUGUUCAUUUCAGGGAAUGACUCUGAUUCAGUGGAGAGCAAAGAGAAUGGAACUCCAACUGCCCCCAAACAAGUUCCUAUAGGGGCUGGUGUUGGAGGAGGAGGACUUUUUGAUGAUGAGGAUGAGGAUGAUGACUUCUUCGGUGGAAAAAGCCUGAAAAAGUCAGGCUCUGCUGGACAGGAGAAACCCAAACCCAAGAAAGCUAUUGAUCUUUUUGAUGAUGACGAUGAGGAUGGUGACAUAUUCAGUGAAAAGUAUAGCACACCAGCUCCGAGCAAAAAGGAAGUUGCGGAAGAGCAAGUUAAACACCCUGAGAAGAAGAUGCCGGCAGGGGCCAUCUCCUUGUUUGGUCCUGGGACUAAAAGCUUGCUCAGCGAGGGCCUGAAGAAACGUCAGCCGUCUACCAGCGAGGAGUCCGAGAAAUCUGAGGAGAAUGGGCCUGCUCCAGAUGCUGGGAAGGCUGCUGUCAAGCAAACUCAGAAACCGCAGACCAGAGGCCUCUUCUCUGAUGAUGAAGACACACAGGGAUUUCUAGCCAUCCCUCAGAGUCAGUCCAAGCCUGAACCUAAGAGCCAGGACAAAACCAGCAAGGCCCCUUUGUCAUUAUUUGACGAUGAGGAAGAAGAGGAUUUGUUUGCGUCUGCAGCUAAGUCUAAACCAAAACCUAAUCAAGCUAAGGCUUCCACUCCACAGCCCAAGGCUGUGUCCAGCUCCCUCUUCAGUGAUGAUGAGGAUCAGUGGAUGAGCUCUAAAACAAGUGCAGGGAAGCCAGAGGUCAAGACAGGAGGGAUGAAGCCCAGUGCCAGCGCCCCCUCCAGUUUCCCCAGUGCCAAAACGUCUCACAAAAGCCUCUUUGACAAUGAUGACGACGAUGACCUGUUUGCUCCAACAAAAGAGUUAAGUCAGAAGAAGCCUCAGAGAGUUGCUCUCUUGUUUGAAGAUGAAGAUGAUGAAGAUAAAGGAUCCCUCUUUGGCAUCAAAGCUGCUGUCAACUCAAACACUGCAGCCCAACCUGCUAAAACCCCUGCUGUGGCCUCUCAGUCGUCCUCCCAGUCAGAGAAAUCUCAGGAGGUUGCAGUUUCCAGGACGACAGCAGACGACAAGCCUUCAGAGCAGGAGAAGCCAGCAGCAAAGGCCCCUGAGCUCUCCUCGCCGGAGAGCAGUGAAAGUAAAAAGAAGCCUGCUGGAGCAGUCAGUCUUUUCGGAGGCAUCGAUGUUCUUGCCAACAAGCAGACAAAGAGCCCUCUGGAUGAAGUUGACAGUGAUGACAACUUCCUCUCUAAGGACAGCCCACCACCAGCUGUUAAGAAGAAGGAGGAGAAGAAGAAGGAAGAGAAAGUCAAACCAAACACUGUGAGUCUGUUUGAUGAUGAGGAGGAAGAUGAAUCGGAUUGGAAUGAACCGAUAUUCACCCCCAGUAAACCCACAACAAAAAACACACUGAAGCCUGCAGAAGAACGACCACAAGCAAAGAGCACAGGUGUGUUUCAGGAUGAGGAGCUGCUGUUCAGUCAGACGCAGCAGAAGGACAAUGACCCAGAUGUUGACCUCUUUGCCACCUCAGGGAAAGCUGCAAGUUCCAAGACCAGCUCAGUGAAGCCAGCAGCACAAAGUCUGUUUGCAGACGACGAUGAAGAUGACCUCUUCAGCUCCAUCAAGCCAAAAACUCCACCUCCGAAAGUAGCAGAGAAGCCCAGUAAACCUAAGGACAGCACACCACUAGCAAGCCCAGAAUCUGUAUCGGAGAUUCAGAAACCUGCACCAAGUCCUGUAAAACCUAAAGAUUCUUCAUCAAGGAUUGGGAAACUUCAAGCCAAUCUGAUGAUCAACCCUGCUGCGUUGCUCCCUGGUGCUGUCCCCAGUCUGCCAGGGGCCAUAAGCGUACUCCCUGGCGCAGCCCCUAGUUCCUCCUCUGGGGUGUCCAGCUCCAGCCUGAGCCCCAGCCCUGCCACGACUCCUUUAGGAGCCCAGACAGACCGUGAGGGAGGAGUGAGCUUUGACACCCCAGUCCAAGUCACAACACUGCACAGUGCUCACAAGACUCGUGCCAAAGUUUCUGCACAACGGAGACCCCAGUCCAGAGCGGCAAGGCAGCAAGCAGCUCAAAGAUCUGUAGUGGAUGAAGAUACCCCGGGUGGAGAUGUUCCCAGGCCUAACCCCAGUCCUCAGUCCAGCCAGGUGCCUGCCAGUCAGACACUCCCUGACUCAGCUGCAGCCACAUCCUUGCCUCCCUCCUCACCUUCCCAGUCUUCUCUCUCUGAAACCUCCCCCAGACCCUUUGUAUUGACACUACCAGUAUCCACAAAUGCUGGAAAGAAAGACUCUAAUGAAGACAACAGCAGUACCAAGGUGCUGCCAUCUGCUGAUGAGGAUGACCUUUUUGGUUCAGACAGUCUGUUUGGGGCAGCUUCAGUCAACAACAAACCAUCCACCAGACAAAUUGCCAAGACUACUCAAUCUCAGGCUGGUAGCGAUGUAGGACUCAAGAAAGACAAAGACAAAAGCACACUCCCAUCUAUUUUUGAUGACAACAGCGAUGACCUUUUUCAAAAGGUCAAGCCAAAGUCAGCCACUAAGAAAGCCAAGGUCUCGCCCUUUUUGGAAGAUGAUGAUGCCGAUGAGGACAUCUUUGGAGUGAGCAACAGUUCAACUCCCACAUCGACAAGUAGUAAAGAGAUCAAGAACAGCAACAGUUUUUCAAAGCCAGAUAUCUUCCAGGAUGAAGUAGCCACUGUGCCUAAAGUCCACAAGAAGCACAAAGAGAAGACCAUUGAUGAUAGCUUGUUUGAUGACAAUAUAGACAUUUUUGCUGACCUGACGGACACGUUGAAGCCAAAACACAAGUCCAAGAUAAAGGGAGAGACCAAGUCCAUAUUUGACGAUGACAUGGAUGACAUCUUCUCACCAAGCACAGUUAAACCAGUUGCGAAGGCUCCGCAGAAAUCAAAGAAAACGCCACCAUCUCAAGAGACCAGUACGGUAGCUGAUUCAAGCAACAUAUUUGAUGAUCCACUUAAUGCUCUUGGUGGGAAUUGAGCUGUUUCUAAGUAGCCAGAUUUGUACAAUUGUGGAUUACUUCUUUUGUCAUUUGGAUUGCUGAAAGAUUGGAUGUGGGAUACACUGUUGAUAGAGUAUUUAUUCAUGUGAAUUCAUAUAAAUACUGUGUCUUAUUUUUGGCAGAUAAAGUCUUAAAUGAAAAUGAUUUCAGUCAUCUUCCAACAUGAUUUCCAAAAUCAUCUCGGCUUCAGAUCAUAUUAUGUAACAGUGAUUAUAUACUGUUAAUCUUUAUUAUACAUGAUAGCACUUUAUAAGCAUACCAUAUGCUUAGCCUCAAAGCCUGCAGAAAUUAACAGUAACUUGUUUUGUUUGUUUUGAAGAUGUUUAUCCAUUUGGCUUGUCCAUGUUGAGAUUCCAUAUCUUUGGAUUUGUGCCAUAUCAUGGUUGUGAGAAAUCAGUGUGUUUACUUACUGUCUUAGGCAUUUUGACAAUGUUUUUAUUAAUAAGAAAUCCAUCAGUUUCUAAACUUUGGCUGUGAUGAAAAAGGAAGUUCAUUUUUAAUAACUAAAAGGAAACAUAUUUUAUGCUAUCUGAAA